AUACGUCUAUAAUACAUAGUAUGUAGCAGCUGCAGUAUGUAGUGGUAUAUAGUUGCGAAUCGAGGUUUUGCACGUGAUGUGUGUUGUCCGGAGAGCAGGUUGAAGCAGGGUGAAUUGACCAAAGAAAAAAAGUAUCUUUUCUUUAUGUGGUGAAGAGUGAAAAACGCAACGUUAAAACACUUAUUAAAAUUUCUAAAUAAAAAUGGAUUGUCAUUAUUACAAACAAUCCCCCAUAAAUAACAGACAAAAGAGAUAUAACAGAAGGAAGAAUGAAAAAUCAUUUAGAAACAGACAAUGUUCCAAGUCAGAAGCAGGGGCAAAAGUUACAUGUUCUAUUCCAUUGAAAAAGUAUAAUUCCACGGUGAAAUUGUUUCAAUCUAGAUGCCAAAUGAGGAAGACAAAUCGUACUACGGCAAAAAUUUCAAAAUAUCAUAUUUUAGAGAGCAAGUAUACAGGACGAGAUAUAUGUCGUAAAAUUUUAGAUACAGACAUUGGGCUUACGUCUGAAUGUUACAGAAACAUCAAUUUAGAUAGUAUUAUUCCUGCAUUAUCGAGAAUAAUGGAAAUGUUCAAGAAUCGGCAUAAUAAAUAUAAUUAUGCUGAUAAGUUAAAAAAUAUAAUAGCAAAAAAUAGCACGAAAUAUGCAGUUAACCACAAGUUUAAACAUCAGAUCCAUGUCCAUUCACUGCAAUAUUUCUUUAGUUUACUCGUGUAUGAAAAUGUACCUCUUAAGUUAUUUGGUACAUCAAGAAAUCAAAAGGCUAUAAAGAAGACAGUAUGUUGCCUUUUAAAGACAGUUCCGCAGAAAAUAUCAAUAACAAAAGCUUUUAAAAGAAAUAUCCAAAAAGCGGACGCUAUUGGAGCAUCACUAGACAUGAUGCCAUUAUUCAACAAAUUGGACAUUUCUAAAAUUAAUUGGUUAUAUUCAAUUGAUAAUAAUACCGAGAAAUGGAUCAUUGUACUGAAGCUAUUGCAUUGGUUUUUUACACAAUACAUUAUAAAGAUUUUACAUAAAUAUGUGGUCUUGAAAGUAUCUAAACGGCAAUGGAUAUACAUCACAAAAGAUAAUUGGAUCAAUAUGCAAGAAGAAUUUGUGAACAAAAAGCUGAAUAUUUGUGAGCCAUGUCUUGUGCCAUUUACGGAAUUAAACAAGAAAUAUAUUACUGGGAUAUAUAAAUUUAUUCCAAGUUCUUCUGGUGUGAGAGCUAUAUUUUUGGCAAAAUACAACAUUAAGGACAAGUAUGAUGACGUUGUUUUAAGAUUUCUACAACAAUUAUAUAUCACGCACUUUAACGAAAAAGGGAUCCCAACUGUAGCAGACUGCAAAAAGACGAUUUCGAACUACAUAUGGGAAAGAUCUGGAAAUCCAUUGUAUUUUGUUCGUUGUGAUAUUCAAGAUGCAUUUGACUCGAUAAUACAAGAUAAAUUAUAUAAUAUUAUCUCUAUGUAUUGUGAAAAAUUAGAGAACAUAAUUGGAAAACGAAUUUGCACUUUUCGAAAACCAAAGCAAAAUAGGAAGAAAAACACAGUGCAAAUUGUAUCUAAUUAUUUAAAAAAAUUAACAUCCAGUAAUAUAAUUCCGAGCAAUGAAAGACCAAAACGUGUUAGAAAACAAAUGAUUUUACAUAAGAUAAAAGAAUUAAUAUUUCAGAAAAAGGUUAAAUUGAUUGGUAGACGAUAUUCAAUAAUACGAGGUGUAUCACAAGGUGUAUCAACUUCCUCGAUUUUAUCUGAUAUAUAUUACCAGCAGAUGAUUAAAGAACAAUUCUCGGAAUAUACAAAAAACGGUCUUCUAUCUACAUACGUCGACGAUAUGUUAUAUAUUACCGACGAUAAAAAUUAUGCAGUAAGAUUUCUAGAAAUUAUCGAGAAUGGGAUACACAAUGAUGAAUAUGAUGUAACAUUCAAUCCAGAUAAAAUACAAUCAAACGUGGAGGUGUCUUCCACAUCCACCAAUUCACGAAAUAUAUCCACAAUAAAAUUUUUAGGAUGGAACGUACCUAAGUUCCGUUAAAUAUCGGAUCUAAUAAAAUGCUAUAACUGUGUUAUUAUUGUUUAUUCUAAACUUUUUCUCAGUCAAAACAACAGUGCAAUUAAUUAAAAAAUUUAUGUCUUACAUUAAUUUUUUUUUGUCUUUGUCCACUUUGUAGCAGCUUAUGGGCAAUUGUUAAUUAACUAUUGCAUCGACCGUAACAUCGUAAAAUAUGACACUGAUGUACGUACGAUCUUGAAAAAGAAUAAAUGGUAUUAAAAUUGCAA